AAAAUGAAACAAAUAAGCUAUAAAUACAUUGGUCUGCCUAAACCAUCCGAAGAUAGUAUAUCACCUUCCAAUAAAAUAUACGAAUUGGCCAAUAAAGAAAAUCCAAUCAUUCGUGAACUUUCCGGUACUCUUAAAGAACUUGAUACCUUCAUGAUAAAUCACGACGUAAAAAAUGCUGGAAGGAAAAUUUUAUCUCAAGCAAGAAAUGAAUUAAAUGAGCUCAGUAAAAAGAUUGACCAGCUUAAGGCCGAAAAUCAGGAUUUGUUAAAAAAGAAACUAGACGAACAAAAUGAAAAAUUCAAUCAGAUGAUGGCAAACUAUGAAAAUUCAAUGGAAGAACAUAUCAAAGAUAAAGAAAUCGCUCUAAUGAAACAAUUCGAUCAAGAAAAACAUGACUUAUACCAACAACAUCAUGAACAACUCAAUUCUGAGCUUUCGCACCAAGCAUCAAAAUACAAGGAGGAGUUAGAGAAUGAACUUGUUCGACAGGCUGUUGACAUGCAACGUCGAUGG